GGCGAGAGGCUUCCUUGCCCGCGUACGAAAAACCGGACGGCGGGGAGAGCGGUAUCCAGGCAAAGAAUGAAGCGGGAGAUACUGUUUUUACCCCGAAACAAAGCAUUGUAGGUGGCUAUAUUUAGUGGCCAUUGUAUUGUUUUUUCCCUCCAUCGCCCUCACUGCGUGCGACUGUACACCCGCCAGCCGAGCAUCGUCCCCCGGUUUCCCCUUCGAGCUGUGGUCGGGGUCCGCUGUGGCUGAGUUUUUUUUAUUUUAUUUUAUUUUUCUUAUUAUAACGCAAAGCCCCUGGAAAGAGCAACUUGGAUAAAAAAAAACAGGAAACAGUAAGGAAAGGAGCUCAUUUAUCAAGAAGCUGCGGUGUGUUACCGGGAGAGGGAGGAGCAGUUGCAGCAAAGGGGAGCACUAAAAAAAACAAAAAAAAAACCCGCAGGGUUGAAGAGCCGUGGGGAGGACCAGGACCAGGAAGGUGUGAUUAGAGGAGACAACAUAAAACGUUUUCGGUUACAGGAUGGCGCGGUGAUGUGGACUUAAAGGCAGCGGCAACACAAGACAUAGGAGAAUAGAGAAGUCGACCCUGAUGAUGUCCUAAAGACAGAACCGAACCAUCUGCACAUCGACAGUUCCAAAGAGAAUUCUCCAUGAUGGUCUCACUGGCUCCUCCUCCGUGUCACUCGGAUCGCGUUUAACCGCCACAGAGUGGCUCUAAAGUUUCAAAGACUCCACAAGGACUCCGAUAUCCCUCCAUUCGUUGGCCACCACAUGUUUGAGGCGACCGUGUUUGACCGCCGCCGCCGCCGCCGCCUACAACACCAACCUGCGCCAUGCAGUGGAGACGGCGACAUUGCUGUCCCAUCAAGAUGACGUGGACCGUCAAGCGCUCGCUAUUUCGGACCCACGUGGCAGGCCUCCUCUCGCUGGCGCUGCUCUUUACCCUCUUCUUAUUUUUCAGCCACCAGGACUGGCUGCCCGGGCGCAGCGGGCCGCGGGAACACCCGCUCGCCUACACCGUCAGGGGUUUCCGAAGUCCCAAGGGGGACGCCAACCAAAGCAGCUCCCUCAGGAGCCUGUGGAGGGAGACGGGUUACAUCGCACCAAAGCCUUUACUCAACCUUAGCGCUCAACAGGCGGAGGGCGGCGGCGGCGGCGGGGAGGGCGCGGUCCGAGUGGUCGCGAUGGGACUCGGCGACUCCAUGAGCGCCAACAACAGUUUACAGAAGGAGAUGGGCGUGGGAGGGAGGCUCAGUGCGCAGCCCUACCCCUACAUCCUGAACGAGCCUUUCAAGUGCAGCGACGGCGCGCCGUUCCUCGUCGUCCUCAUCGCCGUGGAACCCGGCCAGGCCGACGCCCGUAACGCCAUCCGGCAGACGUGGGGCAACAGCAGCGUGGCCAUGGGCCUGGGCUUUGUCCGUCUCUUCCUGCUGGGCACGGGGACCACCCCCGACUCCUUCCUUCAGAGCAGCAUCGAGGAGGAGAGCCGCGUUUACCACGACAUCAUCCAGCAGGAAUAUCAGGACACUUACUAUAACUUGACAGUCAAAACCUUAAUGGGCAUGAACUGGGUGGCGACGUAUUGCCCCCGCGCCGCUUACGUAAUGAAGACGGACAGCGACAUGUUUGUCAACACUGAGUAUCUCAUUCAGAAGCUGCUCAAGCCCGAGCUGCCGCCCAAGCAGCGGUACUUCACCGGCUACCUGAUGAGAGGCUACGCACCAAACCGAAACAAGGACAGUAAGUGGUACAUGCCACCGGAGCUGUACCCGAGCGAGCGCUACCCCAUAUUCUGCUCCGGCACGGGGUACGUGUUCUCGGGCGACAUGGCGGAGCUGAUCUACCAAGCGUCCCUCGGCAUACGCCGGCUGCACCUGGAGGACGUUUACGUGGGGAUAUGCCUGGCCAAGUUGCGCAUCGACCCGGCGCCGCCCCCCAACGAGUUCCUCUUCAACCACUGGAGGGUGUCUUACUCCAGCUGCAAGUACAGCCACCUCAUCACGUCCCACCAGUUCCACCCCAACGAGCUGGUCAAGUACUGGAACCACUUGCAGAGCAACAAGCACAACGCCUGCGCCAACACGGCGAAGGAAAAGAACGGCAGGUACAGACACCGGAGGUUCCACGGAGAGCGAACUCCUUGAUUUUGCGGGUGCGGGUGCGGGUGCGGGUGCGGGUGCGGGACUUCUUUGACCUCAGCACAAUUCACUAUAUAGAAAAAGCACAUUGUUUUUGGGUAUCGUGUACAGUCGACGAUUGAAGCUAUUUUUUUAUUUUGGGAGAAAUGUCAAGUAUCGUACACAUAUUCAGCCACCUGAAAGGUGCAAUGGAAGGCAUAUCCGGGGGCGAUACGGGGCACGGACCCUGAUGCUGCACGUUUUGAAAAAAGGGGGGUUAAGAUUAUUACGGUAUUGCACACGGGGACAAAUCUAUGAAGUUGAAACAAACAAAAAAACCCACCAAUGUGUUUACACAGACAAAGGGAAAUGUAAAUGUAUUAUGUCGAAAGUUAUACUACCUAAAUAUGAAUGAAAAUAUCACCGACAAGUUAUUCUGACCUGUCUCUCAGUGUUUACUUUCCAGCUUCAUCAAACACCACAGAGUUUGACUGCCAUAUCCUGUGUUUUAUUUUUCAAUAAUAAACAUGAAGGCACUCCAAAUCACGGCGAUGACGACUGAGAUUGUAUUUUUCAAAGCUUUACGCCUUUGAGCAUACGUGCAAUGAAGCAGUUAAUAAUUAAAUGUACCAAAUUCC